AUGGAGCGCUGGAUCGCUGAGAUCCUCUCGGUGCACCGCCCCGGCGGCAUCGGCUACAACAUCACCGUCGGGCUCGACGUCGAGUGGCGCCCAAGCUACCUCGCGGACCAGAACCCGGUGGCCACACUGCAGCUCUGCGUCGAGCGCAGCUGCCUCAUCUUCCAGCUCCUCCACGCCGACUACCUCCCAGGCGCGCUGGCGGAGUUCCUCGGCGUCUGCGGGAUCCGCUUCUUCGGCGUCGGCGUGGAGGCGGAUGCGGAGCGGCUCGGCGACGAUCACGGACUGCAGGUGGCCAACACGGUGGACCUGCGUGGCCACGCCACAGGGCGAAUGAAUCGCCCGGACCUCUGCCAGGCGGGACUGCACACCCUCGUGCAUGCCGUCAUGGGCGUCGACCUCGUGAAACCGCAGAGGAUUCGCAUUGAGCUCUGA